UCUUCCCCCUCACCCAGCCCAAUAAGCAACCGAACACAAUGGAGAUGGCCUCCCGACAGUCCCAGCGACUGCUCUUAUUACCGGAAAAUGCGUCCAGGCUGCUCAGCCAUCCCUCUCGCUCAUCCGCGUUCCGCCUGAAGAACGGCUGCGGACGACCUCUGCGCCAUAUCUCGUCUUCGGCGCGUGCCCUGGCGCCGGACUCCUCCUUCCUGGGCUUCUCGGCUGGCUCUUCGAACGGUGUUGGCGGUGGUGGUAUCCCGCCCACGUACUUUACCAACCGGCCGUCGCUGCCAGCCAACACAGUCGUCCGCUUCGUGCCGCAGCAGACAGCAUGGAUCGUCGAGCGGAUGGGCAAGUUCCAUCGUAUUCUUGAGCCGGGACUGGCUAUCCUGAUUCCCUUCCUGGACCGGAUUGCUUACGUCAAGAGCUUGAAGGAGUCGGCUCUGGAGAUCCCGAGCCAGAACGCCAUCACGGCGGACAAUGUCACGCUUGAGCUGGAUGGUGUGCUGUACACGCGAGUUUUUGACGCUUACAAGGCGAGUUAUGGAGUGGAGGAUGCAGAAUAUGCGAUUUCACAGCUCGCUCAGACGACGAUGCGGUCGGAGAUUGGACAAUUGACACUAGACCACGUACUCAAGGAACGGGCGACGCUGAACACGAACAUCACGCAGGCGAUAAACGAGGCGGCACAGGACUGGGGAGUGGUCUGCCUGCGGUACGAGAUCCGGGACAUCCAUGCACCUGAGGGAGUGGUGGCCGCCAUGCACCGCCAGGUGACAGCGGAGCGGUCGAAGCGGGCGGAGAUUCUGGACUCGGAGGGUCAGCGACAGAGCGCCAUCAACAUUGCCGAGGGUCGCAAGCAGUCUGUGAUCCUGGCCUCCGAGGCGUUGCGGGCGGAACAGAUCAACCGCGCCGCCGGUGAGGCGGAGGCGAUCCUGCUCAAGGCGCAGGCGACGGCGCGCGGCAUUGAGGCCGUGGCCAACGCCAUCCGGGACGGCCAGGAGAACGCCCAGAGCGCGGUCAGUCUCAGCGUCGCUGAGAAGUACGUGGAGGCCUUCUCCAAUCUGGCCAAGGAGGGCACUGCCGUUGUCGUACCGGGCAAUGUCGGCGACAUCGGCGGUAUGAUUGCCAGUGCGAUGGCUGUCUACGGCAAAGUCAGCGAAAGCCAGGCCAAAGCCCUGGCCACAAAGACGCUGGGUGUCUCGUCCGCUCAUGCCUCCGAGUCGCCUACCACCACCGAAGCUGAGCACCAUCAUUCGUCGUCGACUGCCGACAAACUGCCCGAGACCGACAGUGUCGCACGUUCCGGGCAACCCGAAAUCGCCAAGAGCAUGCUCGACGGCUUCGACCAGGCGGCCAGCCAGAGACGGUGAAGUGAAAAAUUAAACGAAAAAAGUGGUUGAUUCUUCACUGCGUCUGAUUUCUUACUAGCAAGCAUUCUCCGGUGACACCAACGACAUCAUGCAUUGAAUCUCCUUUUCCUUUUUACCCUUUUUUU